AUGGCCGACGAGCGCGACGUGUACCGCGCCGCCGCCGAUGAUCGAGACGCUCCUCUCCGCGACGAAGACCCCGGCCGCGCGAAACCGCCCAAGUCCCCGCCGCCCCAACCCUACCACACCGCCACCGCUCUAUCGUCCCUCGAAAGCCGCCUCGAGGAAUCCGAAGCCCGUCGUAUCGACUCCGAGGAACGUGUUCAGCAAUUGGAGAAGUUGGUGGAGGGUUUAUUGAAAAGCUCACCUGAACCAGCUGCGGCGCGGGCCGGAGUCUCUGAACCAGCUGUGGCGCGGGCUGGGGAGUUUACGUUUACGCUGGUGAGAUCGGUCCCCUUGGACGUUCCCCCACACACCAUUCUGGAACGUUCAGGCAAUACCGCUGACCCCCUUGUUCGUUCCCCUGGGGGGGAAUCUCACAGCGCACGAAGGGACGGCCCUUCCUCGGCAGUAAUCAGCUCUCGUUGGAGAGGGACGUUACCUGAUCAGGAAGGGCUAUGGACAGGGGAUAACCCGGAUCGGUUGGUCACUUUCACUACAUUUGGGAAGUCGUACUUGUCUCUACUUUGCGACAUUUCCACCAGCGACCGCGUCAUCCAGCUUGUGGCGACCUUGUUCGUUCGUUCCACUUCUCCCAAGCGCCGUCAGUCUCCGCACGACUGGGCCGUUGAUACUAUGACGGACGCGCUCCGGGACGAACGACCUCACUGCUGGACGACACUGAUGACAGAAGUUGGACGUCGUUGGCCGGAUCCUGGCUUUGCCGACCGAGUGUCCCACGACUUCUACGGGUGCCGACAGUCUUCGUCUCGAGCCUACGACCAUGUGGGCGAAUGGCGUGCCCGCUACCGAGUGUUUAUGCACAACGACCCCAGCUUCAGCCUCUCGCCCCUUCAACUCGCCACAACCUUUUAUCAAUCGUUGAGUGAUGUGGCUAAGCGGGAAGUGCGGGCUGGUAUGCUGCGGGAAUAUCGGGAUAACUCACUCGUGACUAUAGGGAGGUUCGGACGAACUGUGAAGAGUCCACUCUCAGCUCGACAGGGGCGCCUCGGUCGUUGCGCGCACUUGCUAGCCUGCCCCCGGCGGUGGGGACUUAGACGCGCGCGACUGCCUCAGCGCGCCAGCGCCGGCGGAUUCAUGCGCGUGCCCGCUAGCCCGCCCCCUUGCGGUGGGGACUUAGGCGCGCCGGCGAUUUCACCCGCGGCUGA